GAUUUGAGAUCCAAGCCCAGUCCAAACUGUAUGGGCUACUUCGGGCGUAAUCUACGGACAAAAGUAAACAUCCUGGGCUUCACCGUCACGAUUUAUGCUCGGCCCAGGAAAUCAAGUCGCCCGUCGCAGUUGAGAGAAAGAGCGGAGAGAGAGAUGGCGACGAGCGGAGGCGGAGGCGGAGUCGGCGGUGGCGGUGGUGGGGGUUUUCGGGAAGGGAGUGCGAAAGCGGCGGUGGCGGAUCAGAUGAUGCAGGCGAUACAAUCCACCUCCAAUCUUCUACAUCUCAUGCAAGAAUCCUCCCCUGCACAGGCUCACUUGAUAAAACUGCCUAAGAAUCUCUUGGCCAAAGCAUCUGUCACCAAGAAUACUGGGCAAGUGUUAGAGCAUCUACCUCGGAUCAUUUCCUCCUUGGAUGCCUAUACAGAAAGCAGUUUACAAAGUGCUUCGCAUCUGAAGACGGUAACCCAGAUUUUAUCAAACAUGGAAAGUUCGCAGCUUAGGUCUCUUUUUCCAGCUAAUCGGCGGCAAGAGGAUCAAAAGGAGUAUUAGCCAAAGGAUGAACUAAGUAAGUAAUUGUAUAUAUUGCUCUUAUUGAAGAAAGCAGUGCUUUUGGUACAACCCUCUCUGUUCAAGAUUGCAACUUGUUUUUGAUACUAAUAUUGGAGGGGUGUUUAUAAGUUUUCACCGCCAAUUUUACGGUGACGUUGAAUGUUUAUAUAUAUUGUGGGGAUAUACUGAUACAUUAUAGGAAAAGUUGUAUUACCUGAUAAGAGUAUAUUAUUUAUUUCCUGCGCUUUUCCUCUUCGCACCCAUGUAUUUCCUGAUAAAAGUGUGUUAUUUAUUUCCUACUCCUUUCCUCUUCAGACCCAUGCUGAAGUAUUCGGGAUAAUUUUGCAAAAACAUCUUCAUGUUUUUUGUUUU